AGGACAUGGAAUGGCAGAAUGACGACGAUGGGGCCAAGAAGCAAGAUUCGCUGCAAGACUACCUGAUCCUCAUCCUCACCGAUUCCAAUCUGCCCACAGGCGGCUUCGUUGCAUCGUCUGGGCUUGAGUCGUACUAUGUCCACGGAUUGCUGAGCGGGACGGGACUCCAAGGGUGUCUCGACUUUAUUGAGCGGUCGCUUCAGACAUACGCUCGUUCGUCCUUGCCGUUUCUUAGAGGUGCUCACGCGGCCGUCAGUGCGUACUGUCAUGAGGAAAGGUCGCUCGACACGGCGUCAGCGACGACAACGAGCGUGAUGCAGCGUCUUGCCGAGCUCGAUGCCGGCUACCAUACAAUCACGCUCAAUCACGUGGCACGCCGUGCGAGCAUGGCGCAGGGCACCGCCCUCCUGACACUCUACACCAAGUCAUUUGCUUGGGAGCUGGCCAAGCUCGACAAAGGGUCGAGCCGCGACGAGAGCAAGGCAUCGCAGAUCGUAAAGGCUUUCAAGAACGAGGUCAGGAUUGGGAGCUCUCCGGGGCAUCUUGCUGUGUGUUGGGGCGCAUUUGCUGCCGCUCUCAACAUCGAGCAGGAGCGCGCAACCCAGGUCCAUCUCUUUCUCCAAGCGCGGGCUAUCGUCUCCUCGGCCGUUCGUCUCAACAUCGUCGGACCUUACCUGGCCCAUAGUAUCCUCGCAUUCCACGUCAAGUCCCUGAUCGAAGCGGCGGCACAUUCCGCCGCCUCGCCUCUACAACUUGCGGCCACCCCUGCCCAAGUCGUGGCAGCAGACGAUAACGUAUUCGAUGAUGAUGAGGACCAGGGCUGGGCCUGGGACUGGGACGACGAGGCUUUCUGGAAGCAAGAGUCUGGCCCAAAGACGACUUGGCCCUUGGGAGAACUGAUCCAAGGCAGACACGAUGCGCUACACUCGAGAUUAUUCAACUCAUAACUGGGAACAAUUAUAUCAAUGUACAGUACAGGAAAUGGCUAGAAACGAGGAUCGAGCUCCAUUCACACGCCCUUGUCGGCGAGGACACUAUUCUUGAGAUCCAGUGUGCCUUGCUUUGUCUCGAGGAUGUGCUUGAUCUCGACUGGCGGCUCAUCGCCAAGCUUGUCCGCCCGAUGCCAUCGCUCGAGUCGUGUGAGCCCAAGGCACGGUCCGUACCUGUCAAGGCGGUCUCAGCCAAGGCAAAGGUCGGCUUCUUACGCACAUCAUACUCACGCUGGAUCCAGAUCAAAGACGCGCAGGAUGUGGUCGAUGCGAUUCAUGCCAUCAGAGUGGACUUUGCACACCAGGUCAGCGCACAUCAUUAGCGAGGCCAGAGCUCCAGAGGCUCACUACUCACUCGGCUUGAGCUUGGGCAUGCCCAUCUUCUUCAUGACAUCGUCCCACAAUCCAUCGUAGGUCGGAUCGUCUGGAUCGAGCUCUUCC